AUGCCGAAACUGCGGGAGAUCGAGGGUCUUGUCGACUUGAAGUCGUUGAAUGAACUGGUACUCGCUGGUUGCACGUCGCUAGAGAGAUUGAGAUUGAUAGCAUUAGCAGCCGAUGAUGGUCUGAAUCUGAAGGAACUCAAGGUAUUAGACAUUCGCGGAUGCAAGAACUUGCCGCCCGGCGAUCUCUCUGCUCUCAAGGCUAACCUGCCGAGUGUACACAUCAAAUGGCCGCAUGAGCCCUACGAAGACGACGAACCAAACAUACUCCUGGACGAGGUUGAUGCUGUUCUACGGGAGAUGGAGUACGAGAAGACGAAUCAUCCUGAAAUAUCGGGCUCUCUCUCGCACGGUAAAUAA